AUGUGUGCGUUUUCACCUCGGCCACGAAGAAUAUCAACGUUUGGGGUUUCGCCUGUGUAUUUUUCUUUUCACGAAAACGGAUGUCUGGAGUAAAAUCUCAGGAAAACUGGAUGAUUACUAAGUGGAAAAAUACGUGUGGAUUUUAUUACAUAUGAUUUUGCCAAAGGACAAAGAGGCAGAAUGAUAACUUGGCCGCAUCCUCUGGUUUUCGCCGCGCUCUUCUGUUGUGUGGAGGUGAUUUUAGCUCAGAUUAAAUAUUCGACUCCAGAGGAUGUUAAAGUGGGAGCUAUUAUUGGAAAUGUUGCCAAGGAUCUGGGGCUCGAUGUCGGUACACUGAUAAGCAGGCGUUUUCGUAUUGUGUCUGGAGCCCAGGGUACGCUGUUUGAGGUAAACCCGAACAAUGGGGCGUUGUAUGUUCACGAAAAUGUGGACAGGGAACAGCUGUGUGAUAGAAAUGAUGCCUGUUUGUUAGAUCUAAAAAUUGUUGUUGAAAACCCCCUUGAAGUCCACUAUGUUACUGUUGAAAUAAUAGAUACUAACGACAAUAGACCCAGUUUUGCUGAGAAAGAAAAGGUAAUAGAAAUAGCAGAGACCACACUGCCAGGAGCACGAUUUCAGUUACCAGGCGCUCGUGACCGAGAUGUCGGAGUCAAUGCGGUGCAGAUUUAUAAACUCAGUCAAAACGAUCAUUUUCAUCUUGAAAUUCGAGACAGAGGGGAAGAUAAAAUCCCUUUCCUCGUACUGCAGAGAAACUUGGACAGAGAGCGGAAAACAAACCAUAGCUUGAUUUUAACCGCUAUGGAUGGGGGGACGCCGCCAAAAUCCGCAAAUCUGAGCCUUACUAUAAAGGUUCUUGAUAUCAACGAUAACAGACCAGUAUUUUCUCAAGAGGUUUAUUCCGUUACAUUGCAAGAAAAUGCCCCAUUAGACAAGACUAUAAUCAAAGUCCAAGCAACAGAUCUAGACGAGGGUAUUAACGGGGACGUCGAGUAUACUUUUGGGGGUGAUAUUACUUCCAGUGUGUUGCGACUAUUUACUUUAGACAGACUCACGGGAGAAAUUCGAGUUAUCGGAGAAAUUGAUUAUGAGACAGCCAAUGUUUACAAUUUAGAUGUCCAAGCCUCAGAUAAAGGUCAGCCGCCGAUGACGACUGAUUGUAGAAUUAUAAUAAGGAUUCAAGAUGUCAAUGACAAUAAACCAGAAAUAGAAGUGACUUCAAUAUCCAGUAUAGUCCCCGAGGACUCAAAACAGGGUACCGUGGUCGCUCUCAUUACUGUUGCAGAUGCUGAUUCUGGUUUAAAUAGCAAAGUCAUAUGUCAUCUAACAGAAAAUGUACCAUUUGAAUUAAAACCGUCAUUUAAAGAAAACAUGUACUCGUUAAUCACAUUCACUGAUAAACUAUAA